AUGAGGGUCAACGAGAAGUACUCGACGCUCCCGGCCGAGGACCGCAGCGUCCACAUCAUCAACAUCUGCGCCAUCGAGGACAUCGGCUACCUGCCGUCCGAGGGCACGGUGACUGCUGAAUCGCUGUCCGUGGACCCAGACGCCGAGUGCAAGCACGGCCUCUACCUCCGGGACGGCAGACGCAAGGUGGACUACAUCCUGGUGUAUCCCCAGAGGCCCUCGGGCAGCAGGACCCUGGCCAGGAGGGUGCAGCCCGGCGACGCGCCCCCGCAGCCCCGCGGCACCAGGCAGGACCAGCCGCUGCCGGGCAAGGGGGAACGUUGGGGGCGGCGGGGGGGGCCCGAGCCCCCGAUGGACUCACCAGAGGACGACAAGCGUUUCCGCAGGGAGGAGUACGAGGGGAACCUCCUGGAGGCCGGCCUGGAGCUGGAGCGGGACGAGGAUACUAAAAUUCACGGGGUUGGAUUUGUAAAAAUCCAUGCGCCCUGGAACGUGCUGUGCAGAGAAGCCGAGUUUUUGAAACUGAAGAUGCCGACGAAGAAGCUGUAUCACAUUAACGAGACCCGUGGCCUCCUGAAAAAGAUCAACUCCGUGCUCCAGAAAAUCACGGACCCCAUCCAGCCCAAGGUGGCAGGGCACAGAGCCCAGACCACAAAGAGACUGUCCUACCCCUUCUCCCGGGAGAAGCAGCACCUAUUUGACCUGUCUGACAAGGAUUCCUUUUUCGACAGCAAAACCCGGAGCACGAUAGUCUAUGAAAUCCUGAAAAGAACGACAUGUACCAAGGCCAAGUACAGCAUGGGUAUCACCAGCCUGCUGGCCAAUGGCGUUUACUCGGCCGCCUACCCCCUGCACGAUGGGGACUACGAAGGUGAAAACGUGGAGUUCAACGACAGAAAACUCCUGUACCAAGAGUGGGCGAGUUACGGGGUCUUCUACAAGUACCAGCCCAUCGACCUGGUCAGGAAGUACUUUGGGGAGAAGAUCGGCCUGUACUUUGCCUGGCUGGGCGUGUACACCCAGAUGCUCAUCCCCGCGUCCGUGGUGGGGAUCAUCGUCUUCCUGUACGGAUGUGCCACCGUCGAUGAGAACAUCCCCAGCAUGGAGAUGUGUGACCAGAGACACAACAUCACCAUGUGCCCGCUGUGCGACAAGACCUGCAGCUACUGGAAGAUGAGCUCGGCGUGCGCCACGGCCCGGGCCAGCCACCUCUUCGACAACCCCGCCACCGUGUUCUUCUCCGUCUUCAUGGCCCUCUGGGCCGCCACCUUCAUGGAACACUGGAAGCAACAGAUGCGGCUCAAUUACCGCUGGGACAUCACCGGCUUCGAGGAAGAGGAGGUGAGACCAUCCAGAGCCGAAUACGAAGCCAGAGUUUUGGAGAAGUCACUUAGGAAAGAAUCCAAAAGCAAAGAGAAGCGCCGGCAUAUUCCAGAGGAGUCCACAAACAAAUGGAAGCAGAGGGUUAAGACAGCCAUGGCGGGGGUGAAAUUGACAGACAAGGUGAAGCUGACCUGGAGAGAUCGGUUCCCAGCCUAGUCCCAACUGGUCUCCAUUGUCUUCAUGAUUGCCGUGACCUUCGCCAUCGUCCUGGGAGUCAUCAUCUACAGGAUCUCCACCGCAGCCGCCUUAGCCAUGAACUCCUCCCCGUCCGUGCGGUCCAACAUCCGGGUCACGGUCACGGCCACCGCGGUCAUCAUCAACCUGGUGGUCAUCAUCCUCCUGGACGAGGUCUACGGCUGCAUAGCCAGGUGGCUCACCAAGAUUGAAGUCCCAAAGACGGAGAAGAGCUUCGAGGAGAGGCUGAUCUUCAAGGCUUUCCUGCUGAAGUUCGUGAAUUCCUACACCCCCAUCUUUUACGUGGCUUUCUUCAAAGGCAGGUUUGUCGGCCGCCCGGGUGACUACGUGUACAUUUUCCGUUCUUUCCGGAUGGAGGAGUGUGCCCCAGGGGGCUGCCUGAUGGAGCUCUGUAUCCAGCUCAGCAUCAUCAUGCUGGGCAAGCAGCUCAUUCAAAACAACCUGUUUGAGAUCGGCAUCCCGAAGAUGAAGAAGUUCAUCCGCUACCUGAGGCUCAGGCGCCAGAGCCCCCCCGACCACGACGAGUACGGGAAGAAGAGGCAGCGCUACGAGGCGGAUUACACGCUGGAGCCUUUCGCCGGCCUCACCCCAGAGUACAUGGAGAUGAUAAUCCAGUUUGGCUUUGUCACCUUGUUCGUCGCGUCCUUCCCCCUGGCCCCGCUGUUCGCGCUGCUGAAUAACAUCAUCGAGAUCCGCCUGGACGCCAAAAAGUUUGUCACCGAGCUCCGCAGGCCGGUGGCCGUCAGAGCCAAAGACAUCGGAAUCUGGUACAAUAUUCUCCGAGGUGUCGGGAAGCUGGCGGUCAUCAUCAACGCGUUCGUGAUCUCCUUCACGUCCGACUUCAUCCCUCGCCUGGUGUACCUGUACAUGUACAGCCAGAACGGGACCAUGCACGGCUUCGUCAACCACACCCUCUCCUCCUUCAACGUCAGUGACUUCCAGAACGGCACGGCCCCCAACGACCCCCUGGAUCUGGGCUACGAGGUGCAGAUCUGCAGGUACAAGGACUACCGGGAGCCCCCGUGGUCGGAGCACAAGUAUGACAUCUCCAAGGACUUCUGGGCCGUGCUGGCAGCCCGGCUGGCCUUUGUCAUUGUCUUCCAGAACCUGGUCAUGUUCAUGAGUGACUUUGUGGACUGGGUCAUCCCAGACAUCCCCAAGGACAUCAGCCAGCAGAUCCACAAGGAGAAGGUCCUCAUGGUGGAGCUGUUCAUGAGGGAGGAGCAGGGCAAGCAGCGGCUGCUGGGCACGUGGAUGGAGAAGGACCGGAAGAAGGAUGAGCCCUGCAACAGCCACGGCCCCAAAGCCGGCCUGGACAGCCCCGAGUACCCCGGGGGCGCCCUGUAGCUGCCCCAGGCCGCCGGGCCC